GCGUCCGCGGGUCCCGCGCCGCCGUCCCCGCGCCGCCGUCCCCGCGCCAUCAUGCAGGAGCCGCUGCUGCGAGCCGAGGGCCGGGACUACGACACCUUCCCCGAGGCCCCCGCGGCCCCGCGGGCCGGGGCUGUGCAGAACAGGAGGGUGUUCCUGGCCACCUUCGCUGCCGUGCUGGGCAACUUCAGCUUCGGGUACGCCCUGGUCUACACGUCCCCUGUCAUCCCGGCCCUGGAGAGCUCCUCCAACCCCGCCCUGCACCUGACCAAAACCCAGACGUCCUGGUUUGGGUCUGUAUUCACCCUGGGAGCCACAGCUGGAGGCCUCAGUGCCAUGGUUCUCAACGACCUUCUGGGCCGGAAGCUGAGCAUCAUGUUCUCAGCGGUACCCUCGGUGGCCGGCUACGCCCUCAUGGCGGGAGCCCGUGGCCUGUGGAUGCUGCUUCUGGGGAGGAUGCUGACCGGCUUCGCUGGAGGACUCACGGCUGCCUGCAUCCCGGUGUACGUGUCUGAAAUUGCACCCCCUGGUGUUCGUGGGGCUCUGGGGGCUACGCCACAGCUCAUGGCAGUGUUUGGGUCCCUGUUCCUCUACACCCUCGGCCUCUGGCUGCCCUGGCGCUGGCUGGCGGUGGCCGGGGAGGGACCGGUGCUCAUCAUGAUCCUGAUACUCAGCUUCAUGCCCAACUCGCCGCGCUUCCUGCUCUCGAGGGGCAGGGACGAGGAGGCACUGCAGGCACUGACCUGGCUGCGAGCCAGUGGCCCCGAUGUCCACUGGGAGUUUGAGCAGAUCCAGGACAACGUCCAGAGACAGAGCAGCCGAGUGUCGUGGGCCGAGGUCCGGGACCCCCGCAUGUACCGGCCGAUCCUCAUCGCCCUGCUCAUGCGCUUCCUGCAGCAGCUGAUGGGAAUCACGCCCAUCCUCGUCUACCUGCAGCCCAUCUUCGACAGAACGGCAGUGGUGCUGCCUCCGGAGGAUGACGCGGCGAUUGUGGGCGCGGUGAGGCUGCUGUCCGUGCUGAUCGCUGCCCUGACCAUGGACCUGGCUGGCCGCAAGGUUCUGCUCUUCGUGUCGGCAACCAUCAUGUUCGUGGCCAACCUGACGCUGGGGUUGUACAUCCACUUCGUCCCCAGGCCUCCUGCCCCCAACAGCACCUUGGGCGUGGGCCUUCAGAGCCUGGUUUUGGGGGGCACAGAGCAGCCCCCCGCCAUGCCCACCAGCUCCCUCACCCUGGUGCCCCUGCUGGCCACUAUGUUCUUCAUCAUGGGCUAUGCCAUGGGUUGGGGACCCAUCACCUGGCUCCUCAUGUCUGAGAUCCUGCCCUUGCGUGCCCGCGGCGUGGCCUCGGGGCUCUGUGUGCUGGUCAGCUGGCUCACCGCCUUCGUCCUCACCAAGUCCUUCCUGCCAGUGGUGAAUGCCUUCGGCCUCCAGGUGCCUUUCUUCUUCUUUGCCGCCAUCUGCCUGGUGAGCCUGGUGUUCACGGGCUGCUGCGUGCCUGAAACCCGGGGCCGCUCGCUGGAGCAGAUCGAGUGCUUCUUCCACUCCAGGCGGCGGUCCUUCCCGCACUAGCUCAGGGCCACUGGCCUCGCACUGGCAGCAAGCCUACACCUGCAACCAGGAACAGCUGCGGUUCCUGCCACCAGCCGGAGCCCAGGACCAGCCUGAACACUUCUGGCUGAGACCCGUCCAAGUGGCCUACCUGGUGUCCAGGUCAGGGGCCUGCCGGGUGACCUCAACCCUGGCUCCUUACUCGUGCGGAGGGAGGGCAGUGUGUUCAUGGUGCUGUCACGCCAGCCUGUCCCCACCACUCAGCCCCCAUCCAGCAUCUUGAUGUGGGGAAGGCAGGGCUGUGCACCACAGGGGUCUGUGGACACCUCUGGGGUGGGGGUGGGGCGUCUCAGACUUCCAAAAGCCAGGGUGGAGGGCCUGGUGUGGCCACUUCCCCCUGCCCAGCCCAACCUCCUACAGGGCGCCCGCCUGCAAAUUAUGUUUACCUAUUUAUGAAUAAUAAAUAAACUGGGCCUGCAGCCCUAGGGAGGACGGAGUGGGGUGUACUCUGGGGAGCCCCCACUC